AUGGCUGAACCUUCGCCGAGCAACACGGUGCAAGACAUCGACAUCGACCCUGCGCUCAUGAAUGGCAUGACACAACAAGCGCCCGCAGAACAGCCUUCCACAGACGUAGAAAUGGCAGACUCACAAGACAUGGACGUAACAAGCAGCAUGGUUGGCCUGUCACGAGCACGCCUGUGUCGGAUAAUGAGGAGCCCGAAAUCCUGA